GGGACGAGGGCGGACUCACGGGAACGGUUUCCGGGUUUCCCUUCCUGGGCUGGGACAGCGGCGAGAGGCAAAAAAAAAAAAAAAAAAGCUUCUGUUGAUUACCAAUAUUUUCAAAGUUACGCUGAGCAGGUUCAUCAGACAUCCAGUAAACAGCAGCAAUGUCUCAGUCUGGAGAAAAAGGGAAGUUCCCAGAUGCAGCAGGUUAUGUAGGGUUUGCCAACCUCCCAAACCAAGUGCACCGAAAAUCAGUGAAAAAAGGCUUUGAAUUUACCCUAAUGGUUGUAGGAGAGUCUGGUUUGGGCAAAUCGACACUUAUAAACAGCCUGUUUCUCACUGAUCUCUACCCUGAACGCUACAUCCCUGGUGCCGCAGAGAAGAUUGAGAGGACGGUGCAGAUUGAGGCAUCAACUGUGGAGAUUGAGGAGAGAGGAGUGAAGCUUCGCCUCACCGUCGUCGACACCCCCGGAUACGGCGAUGCCAUCAAUAGCCAGGACUGCUUCAAGACCAUCAUCCAGUACAUUGACAAUCAAUUUGAACGAUACCUCCAUGAUGAGAGCGGGCUGAACCGAAGACACAUAGUGGACAACAGGGUGCACUGCUGCUUCUACUUCAUAUCUCCAUUUGGACAUGGCCUAAAACCUCUGGAUGUGGAGUUUAUGAAGGCCAUCCACAGCAAAGUCAACAUAGUCCCAGUCAUUGCAAAGGCUGACACACUGACCCUCAGGGAGAGGGAUCGCCUGAAGAGAAGGAUCCUGGACGAGAUCGCAGAGCAUGGGAUCAAAAUUUAUCAGCUACCUGACGCCGACUCUGAUGAGGAUGAGGAGUUCAAGGAACAGACGAGAGUUCUGAAGGCGAGCAUUCCCUUUGCUGUGAUUGGCUCCAACCAGCUGAUUGAGGUGAAGGGGAAGAAGAUCCGUGGUCGUCUUUACCCCUGGGGAGUUGUUGAAGUGGAGAACCCCGAGCACAAUGACUUCCUCAAACUGCGCACCAUGCUUGUGACCCACAUGCAAGACCUCCAGGAGGUAACUCAGGAUCUGCAUUACGAGAACUUCCGCUCAGAGAGGCUGAAGAGAACGGGCAGGGCUGCGGAUGAGGAUGUGGUGGAUAAGGACCAGAUUCUACUACAGAAAGAGGCCGAGCUGAGACGCAUGCAGGAGAUGAUCGCUCAGAUGCAGGCACAGAUGAAGAUGCAAUCAGAUGACUGAAAGGGUCGGAGCCGAGGGGAAGCAGGGCGAUCCCAGUCCACCAACACACACUCACUCAUUCAUUCAUUCAUUCAUUCAUUCACACAUACAUACAUACAUACAUACAUACAUUCAUACAUUCAUACAUACAUUCAUACCUAUACAGACACACACCUGGUGCUCCUCUCAAUCCAUCCUUGACUGCCGCCACCUUGCAGACCUGCCAGGAGUCCAGGAUCACGUCAUCUCCAUCUGCACACCACCACGUCUUCUUCUUCCCUCCAAACAUCCAUCCAUCAGCUGUUCAGGAGCUCACAACUCGUAUUUUUUUUCCUUCAUUUCAUUUUGUUUGUAGUAGUUUGCUGAGUGGGCCUGGACAAAUUUUAAAAAGUAUGAUCACACAAAUAUUUGAAUACUGGAUGAUUAUCCUUCGCAUGUAUCUGUUAUUUAGUCUUUUAUCUUAGUCAUGGUUCACAGAGCUCCAAACGACAACGGUACUAUGAGAAAUUUCCAUCUCACUAACAUGUUUACAGAAAUAUAUGCACAAAUUGUGCACUUUGUUCAAUUCCAAGCUUCAGAUGACACAAUUUUCCAUUUAUUUUGCUAUCAGGUUAAGACUGUUUUGAAAAUAUUUUAACUUAAAAGUAAAAAAAACAAAACAGUUUGCUUAUCAUUUUUUCUGUUGGCUUAUGAGUAAUUUAGAAACCUGUCACCUUGAUGCUUUCAGACUUUCAGUGCCUGUUCGCCUUAGUUGGAUUGAGAACUGUAAAUAUUACCACAGUGUAAGGUAAAUGUGGUUAAGAACGGUAAACUGUGCAGGUCAAGGACGAGGAAUGCUCUCGUGUCCAGUUUUCCAGGCAAAACAUUCACCUUUUAAUCGUGUUAAAUUAGAAAAAACUUAAUUCUAGAUAUUCGUUUGGCUUUUAGGCUGGAAAGCUACUAUAUGCAAGUGGUCAAACUAAUACCACUCGGUUAGAAAGAGAGACAACCAUUCUCUAGAAUCAUGUUAGAGUUGAAUAAAAGUGUUGUUAAUAUUUUUCUAUUUAUCAUCAAGAGCUGCAUGAUCUUAAUCUUGGUGCCAAACUUACAACGACAGACUGAAAACGAAUCAAACUAUUCAGUCCGGUAACUUAAUGUGUGUCUAUAUUUGCUUCAGUGACGCCGCUCAAUGUGUGAAAUGGCCUGUUAGUACACUACAUGUGCGUCUGUGUGUGCACUCCCUCCAACCUUCUGUGAGCAGCAGACUAAACACCCUAACUUUUCUUCAGCAGUGCCAUCGAACUGUGCUGUCACUGAUGUGCCAUUGGCAUUAUUUCGUUUUUUUUUUUGUCUUUUGCCCUCAUAUACAUAUUUGUCAUUUGAACUUACUGAAACAAAUAUAAUUAUUAUUUCUUAACCAUAUGUCAGUAAAGACUUGUUUUGAGGUGUCAAGAUUUUUUUUGUACUUCUCUCUGAAAUAAAAUUUCGUUAAGAGUAAAAAAAAGUUGAUAUUUGUUGACUGUGGGUUCACCUUUGAAUGACACAUUUCUUCUAACGUUUUAUGGCAUUUUUAGUCUUUAUCAGAGUUAACAG